AUGGCGACAUUCGUUUCAGUUUCCAGAAGGCCCAUCAUGGGAUUGCCUUUUUUUUUAUCUCCAUGCGAGCCUGUCUCACUGGAGUUGCGGCGGAAUCAGUCUUCUUACAGGCGCACUAAACAACGCCUACGAGUCAAACCGGAUGCCUCCUUCGGUUUUCCUUCGGAUCAAACCCAAAGUCAUAUCAUCUACAACCCGCCAUCGAGUUCACCCUCUGUGUAUCAUACCCCGACAAAAUUCCUUCCCGCCAACGACGCCCGAAGGACCCUUCGCGCCGAAACCCCUGCCAAUACCUCUACCGUUGAGGAACUGCCCUCUGUGUUCAAAUUCGAAGCCGAAAAAAAGUAUCAUUUGACCCCAUCAGAUAUUACUGAAAUCCGCAAACUCCGAUUAAACGACCCAAUGACUUGGAGUCGAGGCAAAUUAGCGAAACGCUUUGACUGUUCUCCGCUAUUUAUCGCCCAAGUAUGUCAGGCGAGCCCACAGAAGAAGGAGAUCCAAAAACAGGUUUUACAAGCCGUACAGUCAAGAUGGGGUGCGAAGCGUCGGAUGGCAAGAGAGGACCGCAAGUUGCGGAAAGAGACCUGGGGUCGGGACGAGUGACCCAGACGUGUACGGUGGACUUUCCGCGACUUCAUGCUCACCUUCUUUAUUAAAAUUGCCGAGCGUUUCGAGACCAACCCCUAAGGGCGCAUUCUUCAUGUACAGUAAUAGCCAGGGCUGAUUAGCAAGCCAUGUAUUCCAGAUUAAACGAUGCAUCCGGGUCAGAUAACAUUACAGCAU